AGGAGGAGGCGGAGGCUGCCAGCCGAGGAGCCGGGCGGUGUUCUUGCAGCGGACUGACGGCUCCUGUCCUCCAGCCCAUCAAAGCAGGCGACGGCGGGGGAUGAAGACAAACAUAACAGCGUCGUCAGACAACAUGUCCGCUUUUUAAGGAGCUCUCCCGUCUGGUCCAUGUGUGUCGUGGAGGUUUCCAGAAGCCUUCUUUUGUCAGGGGAGGGGGAGACCCUGCUGGUGUCAGAGUCCGUCCCGGUCCAGGACACCACCGGGCGAUGACAGCGGCCACAGCCACUCCGCGGGUGAUGCGAGACCGACUGCUGCAGGCCAUCGACGGCCAGAGCAACAUACGCAACAUGAUGGUGGUGGUGGAAGUGAUUUCCAGUCUGGAGAAAUACCCCGUCACCACAGAGGUCCUGGAGGAGACACGCCUUGGGAAGCUGAUUAACGACAUCCGGAAAAAGACCAAGAACGAGGACCUUGCGAAAAGAGCCAAGAGGCUCCUUCGGAACUGGCAGAGACUAAUCGACCCGGCGGAGGGGGGCUUGCUCGGCAAAGGACUCGCUGGUGCAUCAUGGUCUUCCAAAGGUGGCGCUCCUCCCUGCUCCUCCCCACCAGCAGCUCCCGCGGCUUUGAGUAAAACGGGCCCAGAGUUAAAGGCCAGAAGUGACUUCAACAACUGCUCUCCGAAGCUCGAGCAGAUCGGCAACAGGAAACGUCGGUGCGACUUGAAAGAGGGUCAUCUCCUGCCGACAAAGAAACCCAAACCCACUCGCCAUGACGCAGUGCAACACUCCAAACAGCUCCCCUCCACUGGAUUAGGGGGACGUUUUAAAUUUCCUGCAAAUAUUCACACACAGCAACCGCUAGACAGGGGAACAUCGAACCCUUUGGACAGUAACGUGGCAAAUAAAGUCCCUGUUCAUGCUGUCAAAGCUCGCCCGAGUGCCUCUGUGCACAGCAAGCCUCCUAGCACCGUCGAGCAAGUUGGAUGGGACAAACCUGCCUCCGGGGGGCAGCAUCAACCCAGGGGCCCUCGCUUUCCGUUGCAGCUUCCCGAGAAUCCGAAGCAAGAAGCUGUGGUUAAAAAGGCGGUUUCCAAAACACAAAGCGGCGCCGGUCCAGGCGCGGAGGUCAGUGUUCGGACAGACCGUUCAGGGUCUGCACAUCUGGAGCCUCGUAGCAGGACUACCAGCAACUCCAGGUGUGAGUCUGUCAGUUUGGUUGAUGAGGAUGCUGCUAACGAUGCUGGGAGAAAGAAAAGACAAAAACACGGGGCUAAAGAUUACGUUCUGAACCUAGACGGGCCAAUCAGAGAAGACAGCGGCAGCCCGGCGAGGUUAAAAGAAAGACGGAUAACGUUCGACCCAUCAACAGGACAAAUUAAACGCGCCUGCCCCAAAGAUUCUCCUGGAAAGCAGGAAGUCUCUGGACUACAGUCGUCAGAACCGUCGAAGCAGAGUCAACCCGCUCCUCCUCCUCCUCUUCCUCCUCCCAGUCCCUUUCAGCAGACAGACUGGAAAGAGCUGUCAAGGAGUGAGAUAAUCCAGUCGUACCUCAGCCAGCAGAGCAACAUCCUGUCGUCGUCCGGGCUCCACACACCGACGGCCCACGUGAGCAGCAGCGUCACCGAAACCCGCAUUCUGGCAUCGAAACGUCCCGCCAAGGAGUUACCCGGAGUGGGCAGAGAAAUCAGCAGCGCCGACCUGAAGCGGCUGCAGGGGCAGCGCUGGUCCGGAGUGAACGGAUGCUACGACACGCAGGGUAACUGGUACGACUGGACGGAGUGCAUCUCUCUAGAUCCACACGGAGACGACAGCAGACUGAACAUAUUGCCGUACGUCUGUCUGGACUAGAACCCGGAUCCGCUGUGAAUUAAAUCUGCAAAAUGUUUGGGAAAAAACGCCUUUAUCUGAGUGUGCUUUUUAUGUUGUUCUGUAAGUUUGUUAAGGCCUUUUCUCACGGUUUUCCUGUUGGCAAGAGUUUAUAGGACGAACACAGAUGUCUAUGUUUUCGGAGCUUAUUAGCGACACAGAUGCAUUUGAAAUGUAAUAUGCGUAAAGUUAAUGUUAUUCCCUUUAUGUUCAGACCUGGUGGGUUCAGUUGCAAGUGCUUUAAAAUAUGAGCGCUCACACACGUCCUCAGUGACCACAUCUUACUCUGCAUGCAAAUUUCCUCACAGCCUCCGUGGAUAAAGCCGGAUAUUACCAUCGUUUCCUCGCCGACUGACAUUCAAUCAGAUUAAACCUCAGAUAAAGAAGUUUGCAUACGCUUAGAUUGCUAUGCUUUUAAGCUAUUUUUAAAGCACAGAUAUCAUGGCAGCCCCUGAGAGGUUAGUUCACAAAAAUUCAAGUUACGUGGAGGCACAACUGUGGAGGUAUUUUAAGGCACAUCUCAAGCAGCAUGCAUGGUCAUAUCGAGCCAUUAAGUC